AUGUCAGCUCCAUUGUCUAAUACCAAUUUGCGCGUUCCACCUGGUUUUGCCAACAUCCUCUGGUGCUUUGCGCGCGAAGUUUUGCGCGUCCAACCACCCGAUAUACUAACGUUUGGGAUGGAAUAUUUCGAUCACUUAUUACGGGUACGACUAGAAACUGGAGAAGAAGAUGUUGCGAAACUCGGUGCCGCGAUCGAUGAUAGAUACUACAACAAUCGUUCUUAUGUGAUGUCUACACCUGGUCCGCGCUCAAAUCGUGAUAAAUCUCAAUCUAGUUAUCUUGGUGGCUGCAAACUUUAA